AUGCCUCGAUCUCAUGAUCCCUCGCGUGUAGAGCUUCUCCGCCAGGAAGGCUCCACUAUGAAUGAGAAACGCGUCUCGAUUUCUGUCGAAGACAUUCGUGGUGCAGUCGCCACGUGGAAGACCACUUCUGGAGCACCUAUUACUCCGUACCCACUUCCACAGUUUUUCCUUCAACCACCGUCGUCUGGCGGUGGAAGCCGGAAUGUUGGGGGUGGAGAUGGGGCUGCUGGAAACAGUAAAAAUGGGUCCAUGAACUCUUUGAGAAUGCAAGCGUAUGCAAAGAAAACAGAUGAUGAUGUGGAUUUGGGACAUCGUGGAGAGUUGGAUCUUUCUGAAAAAUACAACUAUGACCUCAGUAAAGCCCAACUGAAAGCCAGCUCACGGACUUCCGCACUGCUCGCUGGGUUCGCAAUGGUGUGUCUUGUGGAGCUACAGUAUGAUGAUAGCACAUCGAAACCCCUUCUGAUUGUGCUGGGUGUGGUGACAAGUCUUCUGGUAUCUGUACAUCUUCUGGCGUUGAUGAUGUCCACAUGUAUACUGCCGUAUAUGGAGGCCACUGGAUGUACACAAGAUUCGCCGCACUUGAAGUUGAAAUUCUACAUCGAUCUCUCAUGGCUAUUCUCCACUUGCAUCGGUCUACUUCUCUUCCUCGUGGAAAUAGGAGUCAUUUUCUAUGUGAAAUUCACGGCUGUUGGCUAUCCGACUGCGGGUUAUAUAACCACUGCAAUGUUGAUUCCAGUGGGAAUCGUCUUCGUUUUAUUCAGUUAUCUUAUCCACAAGAAUCGAGUUUCACACAGUUUGGGACGGUUUAAGGACAAGGUAGACACCAUGAAACAGUUCCUCGACGUUGAGGCCAACCUCCAGAAGAGCACGAUUGCUCCGUCCACGAUUCGUGAUAUUUAA